AUGGAGAAACUGCGGCGGGUCCUGAGCGGCCAGGACGACGAGGAGCAGGGCCUGACCGCGCAGGUCCUGGACGCCUCCUCGCUGAGCUUCAACACCAGGCUGAAGUGGUUUGCCAUCUGCUUCGUGAGCGGCAUCUUCUUCUCCAUCCUCGGCACGGGCCUGCUGUGGCUCCCCGGGGGCAUCAAGCUCUUCGCCGUGUUCUACACCUUCGGGAACAUUGCUGCCUUAGCCAGCACGUGCUUCCUGAUGGGCCCCGUCAGGCAGCUGAAGAAGAUGUUCGAGACCACGCGGCUGCUCGCCACCGUCAUCAUGCUUGUGUGUUUCGUGCUUACCCUGUGCGCUGCUCUGUGGUGGCACAAGAAGGGGCUGGCCCUGCUCUUCUGCAUCCUGCAGUUCCUGUCCAUGACCUGGUACAGCCUGUCGUACAUCCCGUACGCAAGGGACGCCGUCAUGAAGUGCUGCUCUUCUCUCCUGAGCUGAGAACCAGAACAGAACCCGCACAGCCUUUGGAAGUGGCUGUUGGUUUGGUGGAGUUUUCCUGAUCCGGUGACCACCCUCCCGCCGUGCCGUCCAGCACACGGAACCCGCGGCCGAGUAAACUGUGACGCUCCUGCCACUAGAUCCUGUCACUAUGUGCUUUCCCCCACGGAGGCCGAUCAGCGCCGAUCGGAAUGAUUUGUAGCCGUUUUCUUGAUCCUUCCUAAACUGCGUUUCAGUUGUGAAUAUUCAGGGAUAAGUCUCCGCUGCAUGAACCUUUAGGCUUUCCUAAAAUGUCAAGAUUUAAAAAUACUUUAAAUGUGAAAGUUUUUACUUUAAACUAAAAAUUGCUUAUAUGUAAUAAAAUAAUAUAUAAAUAUUUACAAUUUUA